UUCGCGAUGCACAUGAUUACAAGACCWCUAAAUCUGGUUCUUGUUGGUGACCAGAAUGUUGGGAAAUCAACUCUAGUUGCAAAAUGCCACGAAUUCUAUCCAACAACUUCUCCUGAAGGCUAUUUUACAAAAGAUUUUGUACUUCCAAAAACAACAACUUCGAUACAGUGUUAUCCAACUAGUGUCCACUAUGAUAACAAAAACUUCUACAGUACGUUUCGAGCGAAUAUCAUCGAUACUGGAGGAGCUAUACGGUACAACAGUAUCCGUCCUUUAGCUUACAAAGGUGCAGAUGUAUUUAUGAUUUGUUUUGACCUGACGAAUCGUACAUCGUUUGCUAAUGUCUCUCGGUGGGUCACUGACAUACGAAAGUACGAACGCAAGCAGCCAAUAAUCUUAGUUGCAACCAAAAGUGAUCUGAAAUACAAGAGAGAGGUUGGAGAAGAAGAAGCGCGAGUGCUUGCUCGUUCUUUGAACAUCAAUGUUGGCAAUGACGGUGUUCAUGGACGUGUUUAUAUUGAAGUCAGCUAUAUGGACCAUACUUCAGUCCAGACUGUCUUCACCAUAGCUGUUCAAUCGGCGUUUUUUGGACACCGUAUAAAGUCAAAAAAACACAGGAGACGUCUAGAACCGGAGAAAGAAACUUAUGAUGUUACAAACUUGGAACAAUCGAUCUCCCCCCCUGAUUAUCCCAAAGAUCCUUCRACAUUGUCCAUCGAUUGGGAAAGAAUUUUACAAUCACAAACUGCAACUGACAUCACGAUUAGGUGUCRAGAUGAUCCUCAGGACAUCCAUGCUCAUAAAUUUGUUCUUUMCUUGGCAUCAAAAGUCUUCCAAGAACUAUUUGAAGGCUCAAUGACUUGGAAUCAUAACAGAAGUUUUGAUGAUACAAACCAUUGCACUGGAAAUUCAACAGAAGAGUCACCAUUUACUGUCAUACAGUGUACARAUUGCCAAAACAAUCAAGACUGCACUAAAAAAAUGCACAAGAUUUGCAUCAAAACAAUUAAAAGAAAAACAUUUCUAYAUCUUCUUAAUUGGAUGUACACYGGUAGCAUGGGAUUUGACRGGGACAGCAAUGACAACUUGGAUCUCAGGAUUGAGAUACAAAAAGCUGCCAGGAAGCUAGAAAUUCAGUCUUUAUGUAGACCAGCCAUACCAGUACCUCCACUGCAUUUAUCUUCUAUAAGUAGUGAUUUUAUACCAGAGACACCAUCAACAGAACUUCCUGUAGUCCCAACUGGAACUAGUGAUAACGAGUUAGAGGCAGCAGCAUCGCCACUCCCACCAGCUCCAAUAAAUUUUCAGCAUUUUUUACAUUUUAAUGUUGUUAUAUCGCCAUCCCUAGUAGCACCACCACCUUUUGGAAGUUGUUACUCAGUACCAGAAAUACCACCGCCACCACCGCUACCUAUUGCAAGAGGUAGUAACUGGGACUUACAACCACCACCACCUCCACCACCACCACCACCACCGCCACCUCCACUUCCAGUACCUUUCAUGAUAGAUAAUUACCUGAUAGUACCACCACCUCCUCCACCACCACCUCCAGUACCUUUUGUAAGAAAUAAUUACCAGAUAGUACCACCACCUCCUCCACCACCACCAAUACCUUUCACAAGCCAUAAUAUAAUACCACCACCUCCACAAAGACUGCCGCCAAUAUUAAAGUCAGCGAUGGCUUCACAUGAAAAAAGGAUUGUUGUCGUUCCACCGCCUUCCUAUCUAGACUCCUAUCACAGGAUGUGGAGAGAGGGAUCAACUCUGAGUCAUUAUCCAACAGAUCAAGUUUUUAUCAUUGAAGACACACCUGUUGCAGUCCAUCGAAUUGUUCUUAUCUCAAGGUCACCUGUCAUGGCUGCUAUGCUGGAGGGGAAGUUCAUGGAAAGAGAUCAACAACAGAUAAAACUGCAUGGUGUUUCCUUGGAACAUUUCCGUAUUGUGUUAGACUUUCUGUACACAGACAGUUGUUYUCUGGACGAUUCCAACUUCCACAAUAUUCUAGAAAUUGCUGAUAGAUUCAUGAUUACAAGCCUUGUACAGCGUUGUGAAGAGUGUAUCAUCAACAGAUUGGAGAAAACAGAUGAACAACAUAUCGUAGAAUUAGUGAUGGACGCUUUGAAAUGCUCAGAGGUGUAUUUCGCUACUAAUCUUUUCAAUUGGUGCUUGCACUUCAUUGCUACAAAUCAUGAAUUGUUUGAAAGCAAAGAAAAAGAGAAUUUUACCAAGAUAUGGAAGGAGAACGCGGAAUAUAUGGAGAUCUGUAUGUGGCCGCCAAAAACGCACAUGCAAGUUCUUAGUGAUUAUAAAUUCAAAGCAAGAAUGAAAAUGRUCGCAAAAUCCAGACAAAAUACUGUAAAAUGUGGAUGYUGCGUUAUGUAACGGAUUUUACAAUAAUGAUAUUAUCUCCUAUCGGGACGCUUUGUAUAAAUAGUCAAUGACUCAUUCAGUGAAAAAAUAAAUAAAUAAAUAAAUAAAAUUUCUGCAUGAGAGGUUAAAUAUCGUACAACAAUGAUCUGCAAUACAUGUAUAUGGCUUUCUUAAGGAGUUUCAUACAAAUACAUCGAUAAAACACGAUCAACUUCAUGGACACGGUAAAGAGCUAAAGAGCCACAAGAAGCGAUCCAAAAGUUAAGAUCAACAGAAGAGUUGCUGCAGGACUUUCGAAAAGAUGAAAAUAUGAAUUAAAUAUAGCGAGCCCAGCGGACUGCCGAUAUGUGAUGCAAAUGAAAGCAAUUAAAAAUAGUAUUAAUGUUACAAAACCGAAUAGAACUGAAAAGAAAAAAAAGG